UCAGGGCGUGCACUUCGUCGAUGAGAGGCUGCAGGCUGAUGUUGGCUGGGCGGUCGGCGAGGGAGGGAAUGAAUUGCAGGCAUGAGAGGGCGGUGGACAGGACCCCUUGAGCGAGACACGGCCUUCAAUACAGAAUGUACGCAGCCAUAUGCACAGAGACACAGUGGGAGAUGAGCGGACGGAUCGAUCAGCUUGCUUUGAUGCUUACGUUGGGUCGCGGGCAAAGAGACAAGAGGUCGACAGGAUAUAAAAUGUAGACACCGAUUGAAGGCCUGCACACAACACGCCACAGACACCCAAAUGGUUACGGGUGAAUGCGUCGGGUAUUGGUUGUCUACCUGCCAGGGCAUUGGCUUGCCGUAGUUGCGUUGGUACACCGCAAGGGCGGCUGCCGGCUGCAGCUGGUGUUUGCUGGCCAGAUCGUGGCCGUGAAACUCUGCAUAGAGAGAAACAGAGAUAGCGAUUACGCUGUGUAUGUUUUGCUUACUUAGCAAUUGGACGAGUUGACAUGCGCGUGAAGACGUCCCUGCCACUGUCCCGUCACGGAGGCAGGGCUCCCCACGGCCGCAGGCGCCAGCUGUGCUGCCGCGUAGUGCACAUGAUGGAAGACGGGUGGUGAUUGCAGCGGCAGCUGGGGUCCGAUGAGCGGCACGGCCGGAGGAGGAAUUUCCUUACCACCCCGCCCACCGAAGGACUCGAUGAAGGUCUUGAUACACGGCGGGUAGCAGCCCUUGAAUGGGUUCUUUCGCUGAGGCGGGAACAUGUGCCGGGGUGGUGGCGAUGGGGCUGCCUCUCGGUGCUUGGCGGCCGACGUAAGCAGUGGCCUUCGGGGCAUUGGCGGGAGGGUCGGCCACGGGGGCAU